GAGAUGCUCUAAAACUUUUUUUUUUUGGUAUGAAGAGAUGCUCUAAAACUUUUCCAAUUAUUUCAACUCAGUCUAUUUAUAUACAUAUAUACAGCUCUCAAAUCUCAAAUCUCAUCAUCUUCAUUAAACGCUUGCAUAUUAUACUCACACUUGUAUUCCAAUCAUAAACUGUUCUUGGAUUUAUAUAAUGCGCCAAAACGUGUACCCACAUGCUUGAUGUGUAUAUAUACUCACACACACACAUGUUCGGACAGUAAUCAGUAAUACAAACAUCAGAGGAAGAAGAAGAGAAAAGGAGAAAGAAGAUGGUGUCGGGUCGGGGCGGGGCGUGUUGGAUUAUUCUGGCUAUGUUUCUUGUUCUCUCCGCAGCUGGCGCCGGCGGUGCUACGGCAGAGAAGGGAGUAACGUACGAUGGACGUUCUUUGAUUAUCGAUGGACAGAGGAAACUUCUCUUCUCCGGUUCAAUUCAUUAUCCUCGCAGCACACCCGAGAUGUGGCCGUCUCUGAUAAAGAAGGCAAAGGAAGGGGGUCUCGAUGUGAUCCAAACGUACGUUUUCUGGAACCUCCAUGAGCCUAAGCUCGGACAGUAUGAUUUUAGCGGAAGAAAUGAUUUGGUGAGGUUUAUUAAAGAGAUAAGAUCGCAAGGUCUCUACGUCUGUCUACGUAUUGGACCCUUCGUCGAAGCUGAAUGGAAUUACGGGGGAUUACCAUUUUGGUUACGGGAUAUACCCGGAAUGGUAUACCGAACCGACAACGAACCAUUCAAGUUCCAAAUGAGAAAAUUCACCAGUAAGAUUGUAAAUUUGAUGAAAUCGGAGGGCUUAUUUGCGUCUCAAGGUGGUCCUAUCAUUCUUUCUCAGAUCGAGAACGAGUACGCAAAUGUACAGAGGGCAUUUCGUGAGAAAGGAGCAUCAUACGUCAAGUGGGCAGGUAAAAUGGCGGUAGGGCUUCAGACCGGAGUGCCAUGGAUCAUGUGCAAGCAGCCCGAUGCUCCUGAUCCAGUGAUCAAUACAUGCAACGGUAUGCAAUGCGGUGAGACAUUUCCAGGACCAAACUCACCUAAUAAGCCGAAAAUGUGGACCGAGGACUGGACAUCUUUCUUUCAGGUUUACGGAGCACCACCUUAUAUUAGAUCUGCUGAGGAUAUUGCUUUCCACGCAGCUCUUUUCGUUGCGAAAAAGGGAAGCUACAUCAACUACUACAUGUUCCAUGGUGGGACAAACUUUGGAAGGACUUCAUCUUCAUAUUUCAUUACAGGAUACUAUGAUCAAGCUCCUCUCGACGAAUACGGUCUUUUAAGACAGCCAAAGUACGGUCACUUGAAGGAGCUUCAUGCUGCUAUAAAAUCCACCUCUAAUCCUCUGCUUCAUGGGAAGCAAACGAUUCUCUCCUUAGGACCAAUGCAACAAGCUUAUGUAUUUGAAGAUGCGAGAAGUGGAUGCGUUGCGUUUCUGGUGAACAACGACGCGAGACAAGUCACUCAAAUACAGUUCAGAAACAACGCAUAUAGCUUGCGUCCCAAGUCAAUUGCCAUUCUUCAGAAUUGCAAAACCCUAAUCUAUGAAACAGCAAAGGUGAAUGUGCCCAAGAACAUGAGAGUUACAACGCCGGUUCAAGUGUUCAACGUUCCGGACAAAUGGGAAGUGUUUAGAGAAACGAUACCAACAUUCUCAGGCACAUCUUUGAAAGUAAAUGCUUUGUUGGAACAUACUAAACUGACUAAGGACAAAACUGAUUACCUUUGGUACACAUUAAGGUUUAAGCCGAAUUCACCCUGCACUAAGCCGUCUCUCUUCAUUGAGUCAUCAGGACAUGUUGUUCAUGUGUUCGUCAACAAUGCACUAGCAGGGUCUGGACAUGGAAGCAGAGACAUAAGGGCGGUUAAAAUCCAAGUUCCAGUUAGAUUAAUCAAUGGACAAAACAACAUUUCAAUCCUCAGCGGCAUGGUUGGUCUACCGGACUCUGGCGCGUACAUGGAGAGGAAGUCUUAUGGACUAACCAAAGCUCAAAUCAGCUGUGACGGGACUAAGACAAUCGAUCUGAGUAGAUCUCAGUGGGGUUACUCGGUGGGUUUGCUUGGGGAAAAAGUUAGGUUACAUCAGUGGAGCAAUCUAAAUAGAGUGAAGUGGAGUACCAACAACGCUGGACUCAUAAAGAAUCACCCUCUCGCUUGGUACAAGACGAUGUUUGAUGAGCCGAGUGGAAAUGGGCCGGUGGGGCUUAACAUGGAGAGUAUGGGUAAAGGAGAAAUGUGGGUGAAUGGGGAAAGCAUUGGUCGUUAUUGGGUUUCCUUUCUCACUCCUUCUGGCCAUCCUUCUCAAUCUAUAUAUCAUAUUCCAAGGGCGUUCCUGAAACCAUCUGGAAACCUGUUGGUGGUAUUGGAAGAGGAAGGUGGUGAUCCUCUUGGGAUAUCUUUGAAUACAAUAUCAGUUGUUGGUUAAACUGUCCUGAAUAUUUUUGUAUACAUUUGUUUUGUUGGUAAUUGGGGGGUUUAUUCUGGACCAAAGCGAUCUAUAAAAUUCAUUGAGUGA